AGCAUGGCCGCGGCCGCGGCGGGAGGAGCUCCGGGCCCGGCCCCCGGCCCCGCCAGGCCCGCGCCCGCCGCCCGCAACCCGCCGCCCGCGCCGCGGAGGCGCGGGGACUCGCGGCGCCGCCAGGCCGCGCUCUUCUUCCUCAACAACAUCUCCCUGGACGGGCGGCCGCCGAGCCUGGGCCUCCGGGGCGAGAAGCCCCCGCCGCCGCCGCCCCUGCCGCCGCCGCCGCCGCCGCCGCCCCCCGCCGAGCCCCGCGAGCCGCCCGCCGAGCCCCGCGAGCCGCCCGCCCCGCCGCCCGCGCCCCAGGGCCUGCUCAGCCCCACCGCGGCGCCCGCCAGCCUCGGCCUGGAGGGGCAGCGCCCGAGGAGACGGAUCACCUCCCAGCGCUGCUCCCUGGAAUUUCUAGAAGAUGCAGUGGGCUGCGCCUCCGUACAGAGAACCAAGCAUGCAUCCGGGUCCCCAAGACACAAAGGCCUGAAGAAAACACACUUCAUCAAAAAUAUGAGGCAGUAUGACACAAGGAACAGCAGGAUCGUGCUCAUCUGUGCCAAGCGCUCCCUGUGUGCCGCCUUCUCCGUGCUGCCCUAUGGGGAAGGCCUGCGGAUCAGUGACCUCAGGGUGGACGGCCAGAAGCAGAGGCAUCCGUCCGGCGGCGUCUCCGUGUCUUCCGAGAUGGUCUUUGAGUUGGAAGGCGUGGAGCUGGGAGCCGAUGGCAAGGUUGUGUCUUACGCAAAGUUCCUGUACCCCACCAAUGCCCUGGUCACACACAAGAGUGACAGCCACAGCCUGCCGCCACAGCCUCGGCCCAGCAUUCCCCGGGCUCCCCCCGGGGCCAGACACAAGCCUGCCCCCGCCCAGUCAGCACCAGCCAGCACCGAACUAGGAGGUGACGGAGGAGACGUGCUGGAGUACAACCCCAACCUCCUGGACGACCCGCAGUGGCCCUGUGGGAAGCACAAGAGGGUGCUCAUCUUCGCCUCCCACAUGACCACCGUGAUUGAGUACGUGAAGCCUGCAGACCUCAAGAAGGACAUGAAUGAAACCUUUAAGGAGAAGUUCCCUCACAUCAAGCUGACGCUGAGCAAGAUCAGGAGCUUGAAGCGGGAAAUGCGGCACCUGUCGGAGGAGUGCAGCCUGGAGCCCGCGACGGUGGCCAUGGCCUACGUGUACUUCGAGAAGCUCGUGCUGCAGGGCAAGCUCAACAAGCAGAACCGCAAGCUGUGCGCCGGCGCCUGCGUGCUGCUGGCCGCCAAAAUCAGCAGCGACCUCCGCAAGAGCGAAGUGAAGCAGCUCAUCGACAAGCUGGAGGAAAGAUUCCGGCUCAACAGGCGAGAUCUCAUCGGGUUUGAGUUCACCGUCCUGGUGGCUUUGGAACUGGCCCUUUACCUCCCCGAGAACCAAGUGUUACCUCACUACAGACGCCUCUCCCAGCAGUUCUAGCCCGGGGCCCUCAGCAGGGAGGGAAGCCCCGCCCACACCCAGUCACAGCCCGCACCGGCAUCUUCAUCUUCGUUUCCUGGAGAGGGAUGUCGCCUUCAUUCCAAAGCUCCCAGCCCCUCCAAGAGCACUGAGAAUUUUCCUGGCAUGAACACGUGGGCUCCACUGAGACCAACCUGUCACCAGGACCUCUGGUUUAUAUUGCUGGCAUGGUGGUGAGUCCCGGGUUCCAGUUUGGCUUUCUCACUUUGCCUUGACUUUGCAAACCACCUGGCCAGGAUGGACCUGCCGUCCAGACAAUAGGAACACACUGAUGUUGCCAGGCUUGACAAUGGAAAGAUCCAGCUUGGAUAUCUCCUUAUAAAUGUGGCGUUUCUUGGCAUCCAUGCCCCGCUCCCCACCUCUAUCUGAGCAAGCUCCUACCAGGGCUCCCCACAUGAGCACAGUAGCCCCGGUAUUGGAUUAAGCCACCAAGACCUUACUCCUAGUCUAUUCUGGUCUCUCCUCGCUUGGACAUCGGUUCCAGCUUCACGUCACUGUGAAAUCCCGCGUGGGCUCUGCAGACAGCCCACCUCACGCUAGGACCCACCUCUGCCUCCUGCCAGAAAACGCUGCUGCCUUCAGGAAAACGACUCGGCUCUUAAUUACCCUAAGCAAUACUGCAACGAGGGGGGAAGAAAACCUAUUUAUUAUUUAGGAUUUGGUUCUCUGGGUCUCCAAGGGAACAAACCCUGGUUUAGGUCUGCUGGAGGUGUGCCGGACACCUCCCAUCGCCAAACCAGGCUCAUGCUGCAGCCCUGGGUGGUCGCGCACCCGGGCAGACUGGCCACGCCCCCGUCCUCGCGCCCCUCCCCUCGGCAGGGUCCACAGGUCCCCCCAGGGUUUUUCCAUGCAGAUCAGCCUCGCCGCUGAGCCAAGCUGUCUUCCUCACAAACCAGGCUGGCACAGCAGGCUGUGGAGGCAUGGGCCCUUGUGCUCCUGUACAGGGGAGAUGGUUCUGCCGCACACAGCCCUUGGCAGAGGCACCCAUCCUCACUUCAGCCCAGAGCACACAGGAAGGGCACAGUGAGACACAUGGGCCCUCACUCUUAAGUCAAAGACCGUCCGAGAACCACAGCAUGCCCAGAACACACCCUGCCCUGGGAAAAGCAGUCCAGCCACCAGAACACAGGGCCACUCCACCACAGGAACUGCAGGAUGGCUUCCUAAACUCUGCUGUAGCCAACAACCUGCCCCCAGGGGAACCAUGUCUCCUUAGGACGGAUAACUAGUGUACAGUAGUGACGUGUGUGGUAGCAUUUAGUCAUUUGCCAAGCUGGUGUUUGAAACCCUGCUUCCCUUGUCCUUCUAAACAGCCAAGAACGGCCUCUGUGGUACCCGAGAGCUGCUACAAUAAAGCCAGUACUUAACCAAAUGACAUCUGAACCUGCAAUCCUCCAGACCAAGAGCAGUGUCCAUGGUAGCCCUUCCUCAGCACCCAGCAAUGGUUGUAGAUGUUUGUGAGUGAGCAAGUAUCUGACCUCAAAACGCUUGACCCUUUUGUCAGAUUGUUUUCAUAUGGAUGUGUUUCUUAAAGUAAAAUCUUGUUUUGCAUUAUG